AUGUUUUCUUGGGGCAGAAGAUUCCAACAGUCACUCAGGCAUAACAUUAGGCCGUUGUCUAGCCAAUCACAACGAUCAACAUCAUCAUCUCUAUCUUCCACAUUGAGCUCUUUUGGUGGAUCCAGAAAUGGUGGUGAUGAAAGGAUUAGAGAUUUUGAGUAUUUUCUUAGAUCAAUAACUUCUGGAGUUGUGGUUGUUGGUUCCACCUUAGGUUUUUGGUAUUGGUCCUCUUUAUCUUCUUCUGGUGCUAAUAAUAAUAAUAACUCUUUGCAUUCUUUCUCUGAUUAUGCUACUGAAGAUCAGUUUGAACCAGACUAUGGAAAUAAAUCCAAGUUCCUCUUCAAUGAUGGUUUUAGGAGAAGAGUGUUCUUCAAUUAUGAAAAACGGAUUCGCUUGCAGAGUCCACCAGAAAAGGUAUACGAGUAUUUUGCAUCAAUACGAACCACUGGGGGCGAAAUUUUUAUGACACCUGCAGAUUUGAUGCGCGCUGUUGUUCCUGUCUUUCCUCCUUCGGAAUCAAGCCGUGUUAGAGAGGGUUUUUUAAGAGGGGAGCAAAUUCCCGGCGCGUUGCAAUGUGAUCCUUCUAAAUUUUUUAUGCUCUUUGACACAAACAAUGAUGGACUCAUUUCUUUUCCAGAGUACAUAUUUUUUGUUACUCUUCUCAGCAUACCAGAAACCAGCUUUUCGGUCGCAUUUAAAAUGUUUGAUAUCGACAAUAAUGGAGAAAUAGACAGGGAAGAAUUCAAGAAAGUUAUGGCCCUGAUGCGAUCACAAAACAGACAAGGGGCGAACCACAGGGACGGACGACGCCUCGGCCUUAAAGUUUCAGUAGAAAAUGGUGGUCUCUUGGAGCAUUUUUUCGGCAAAGACGGAAUGGAUUGCCUGCAACAUGACAAGUUUGUUCAAUUCUUAAGAGAACUGCAUGAUGAGAUCUUGCAACUAGAAUUUUCACAUUAUGAUCAUAAAAAAAGAGGAACCAUUUCAGCCAAAGAUUUUGCACUGUCCUUGGUUGCAUCUGCGGAUAUCAAUCACAUAAACAAACUGCUGGAUAGAGUCGACGAAUUAGACAACAAGCCACACAUACGAGACAAAAGAAUUACGUUUGAGGAGUUUAAAGCAUUCGCAGAACUGCGAAAGAAGUUGCAGGCCUUUUCUCUGGCCAUAUUCAGUUAUGGAAAAGUUAAUGGAGUGCUGGCAAAAAAUGAUUUUCAAAGAGCAGCAUCUCAAGUUUGUGGCAUAGAUAUUACAGAUAAUGUGAUUGACAUAAUAUUUCAUGUGUUUGAUGCUAACCGUGAUGGGAUCUUAAGCUCAAACGAGUUUGUUCGAGUUAUACAAAGAAGAGAAGAGAGUUUAUCCGGUUAUGGCAUUGGGGUGCUAUCAUGUUGGUUGCACUGUUUAGCUAGUAAAUGUUAA